CUUAUUUCCUCGGUCACUGCAGAGAGGGAGAAGGUGCUGAUGGAAAUCUCAUGGAAGUUCCGGAGGAAGCCUAUUUUCAAUAAAAACAAUUCAAAUGCAUCGGGAAACAAUGUUUUAUUUAUUAGAGGCAAUUGGACACUGCGUUCUUAUCGGUUACAACGUUCUUAACCUUCCUGUGUUUCUUCAAGUUACUGGAGCUAGCGCCUGCUCACAGCCACUUUUUUAUAUAGUUGCAUAACAGUUUAAACGUUAAUAAUGCCAACACUUAAAUGUAUUGACUUGGAUAACAUACUAUUAUGACAUCGAAUAUAGCGUAAGCCUCGUGCAGAUGUUAAAAAGAACCUAAAACCUGCAUGUUUAACGUGUUUGCUAACAUGUCAAACUAGCAUAGAGCUAGGUGGCAACUACUUAGAUAGGUAGCUAACGGGGUGUGUUUUGCUAACUGAUUUUACUCAUUUAUCCCAAAAAAAGAGCCGAUAUAAUUAACGUUAGUGUUUUUAUAUCUAUAGAAUUAGAAUUAUAUUCGUAGAGCAUUCUUUCAGCUUGGGCAAGGAUGCUUAGCAUCAUAUUUGGCACAGCUAGGCUAAAGUGGUUAGCUAGACUGAUAACGGCGCGUAUUUGACGUUUAUUAUUUUCUCUUGGUUUACUAACCUUUAACAAAGAUAUUUAGGACAAUCUUAAACCGGUCUAGGUUAAUUCGUCAUAUUUAAAUCACAUAAAGAAAAGCUUGUAAUGGCAUUUGACAUCUCCCCGAGAGAAUCCACCCGUUCUAAUCUGAAAAUCACGUAUGUUUUACAAGUGAAUGUUUUGAUAUUCUGAAGUAUAUGCUAUAACAGUUGUGCCAUUGUGUUGAGAUGUGUUGGAUUCUUUGUUUAAAUUUUUAAGGUCACCUGACUGGAUACUUGAUUACAAACCUUAAUCUAAAAUGACACCUUUAGGUAAUUUUCCAUCAGGUAGUCCUAUUCUAUUGGAUAUAGCUUUAGUUUAAAACCAUACUUUAUAAUUUUGUAGAAUGUUUAGAUUGUAUACUAUUUAAUAUAAAAUUACAACAGAAAAAAUACAGAUCUUAGUUAAUUCAUCUGCAGUAAUUGCUGUAUACUGGUCAGAUCUCAGAAAUACUGGGCAAGAUAGGCAGAUUCACCUAGAACUGGACACCAGCCCAUACUCUCAUUCUUUUACAAACAAAUUCAGACAUAUGAAUACACUACCAAUCAAAUGUUUGGACACAACUUUUAAUUCCAUGGUCUUUUCUGAUUUUUAUUCCUUUCGACAUUGUAAAACAUUGCAGAAUGGAAGCAUCCAAAAUAUGCAAUACAUAUUCAUACCUUUAAACAGUUAAUAUUGAGAUAAAUGUGCUACUUGUGUUUUUUUAUAGUUUGGGGGAAAAAAUCCCUUGUUGGUCUAAAAUGUAGAAAAUUUAUUCAAACUUGUGUCCAAACCUUUGACUGGUACUUUAUGUGAAACUCUACCAAAAAACGAUAACAUAAGCCUGGACUCUGGACCUGUGAGGUGGCAAUGCAAUCACUCCAGUUAAAGCAAUUUUUUAUGAUCACAAUGAGUAAAACCUGGUUUUCCCAGUCUACACUGCAUUGCCCUUACAACCUUGUUGCUCAGAACCAACGUAUGAAUGAAAAUUGACAUAGACAUGCCUUUAAAUCAGAAACAACUUUUUGUUGUUCAUCAAAAAGUACUAACAUGUUUCAGUCUGCAAAUGCAAAAGUUUUGCUUGCUUUUUACAGGUAGACCAUGCUCUUGGCCCAGGUAAAUCGGGACACCCAGAGCAUGGAGUUCCAAAGUGUUGAGGGUGACCCACAGCAGGUCACCCUUUGCCUCACUGAGGCUGUAACAGUUGCAGACAGUGACCACAUUGAGGCAAUGGAUACAGUGAGUUUGCAGGCAGUGACUCUGGUGGAUGGCUCCACAGCAUACAUACAACACAGCCCUAAGGAUAACAAGAUAAUGGAAGGACAGGUGAUCCAGUUGGAGGAUGGAUCUGCGGCAUAUGUGCAGCACCUACCAAUGCCAAAAGCAGUUGGAGAAGGUCUAAGAUUAGAGGAUGGCCAAACUGUGCAGCUGGAGGAUGGCACAACAGCAUACAUUCAUGCACCCAAAGAAACAUAUGAUCAGGGUGGAUUACAAGCUGUCCAGUUGGAGGAUGGUACAACUGCCUACAUCCAGCACAUGCCCCAGUCGAGCACCAUUCUAGCUAUUCAGGCUGAUGGCACAGUGGCAGACCUGCAAGCAGAGGGCACUAUUGACCCUGACACCAUCAGUGUGCUAGAACAGUAUUCUGCCAAGAUGGAAGCAACAGAAUGUAGCACAGGGCUGCUCAGUAGAGGCGACACUGAUGGCAGUGUGCAUAUGCAGAUUGUACUUCAAGGUCAAGAGGGUAGGUCUCCAAGAGUGCAACAUAUUGGGGAAAAAGCCUUUCGCUGUGAACAUGAGGGCUGUGGCAAACUCUACACAACAGCACAUCAUUUAAAAGUGCAUGAACGAUCACACACUGGGGAUAAGCCUUACAUAUGCGAUCACCUGGGAUGUGGAAAAAAGUUUGCGACAGGAUAUGGCCUAAAAAGUCACGUUCGAACACACACUGGUGAAAAACCAUAUCGUUGCCAGGAACUCAACUGCCUUAAGUCUUUCAAGACAUCCGGAGACCUACAAAAACACACACGAACACACACCGGUGAGAAGCCUUUCAAGUGCCCAUUUGAAGGUUGUGGGAGAUCUUUCACCACUUCAAAUAUUCGAAAGGUUCACAUCCGAACACACACUGGUGAGCGGCCCUACUACUGCUCUGAACCCAACUGUGGAAGAGCAUUCGCCAGUGCCACCAACUACAAAAAUCACAUGAGGAUCCACACAGGUGAGAAGCCAUAUGUGUGCACUGUGCCUGGCUGUGAUAAGCGCUUUACUGAGUACUCAAGUCUUUACAAGCAUCAUGUGGUCCAUACACCCUGCAAGCCCUACAACUGUAACCACUGUGGGAAGACCUACAAGCAGAUCUCCACAUUAGCCAUGCACAAACGCACUGCACACAAUGAUACUGAACCCAUUGAGGAGGAGCAGGAGGCCUACUUUGAGCCACCUACAGAGGCUAUUGAUGACCCUGCAUUAACAUUUACCCCUGCUGUGGUGGAGGAGGAUGGAGGAUCAGAGCAGGGUUCAGCAGGACCCGAGAUCAUGAGUCAGCAGCACGUAGCACUCAUAUCUCAGGAUGGCACACAACAGGUUUUUUCUCAGGCAGACGUUCAAGCAAUGAGUGGCACAAUAACGAUGGUAACUCAAGAAGGAACAACUAUAACCAUACCUGCUCAUGAGGCAAUGCUCUCAUCUGGAGAAGGUCAUUCUGUCACCAUGGUUUCGGCAGAUGGCACAGAAGGACAGGUGGCAAUUGUGACACCAGAUCUUUCUGUGUUUCAUACUGAGGAUGGAGAGCUGGUUCAGGAGCAGCAGCAGCCGGUGGUAUCCACCAGCCCACAUCCAGUUACUCUCCUGGCUACCUCUAAUGGCACACACAUUGCUGUGCAGCUCACUGAUCAGCCUUCACUAGAGGAGGCCAUCAGAAUCGCAUCUCGCAUUCAACAAGGAGAAACCCCGGGCCUAGAUGAUUAAAGCAUGACCUUGAAUUAAGCAGUUACAACAUGUGUGUGCCAGAUGUUUGUGCGCAUGCAUGUGCUUGCAGUGAACAACUGAGAAAGUCAAGUAUCCAGAAAAAAAAAAGUUUGCAAGGAUUAUGGUUGUUCUGUUUGAAGAGGACUGAAUAUAUUUUUGUGUGGAUUUAUGUACAUAAUGUUUUGAAACUGGAGUUUUUGCUGUAAAUAUUUAUUUGAUUCUUCUAUUGAAUACUUGACUUUUUAGGAUCUUAAUAAAUGAAAACUGAACAUUCUAUUUAUAC